UGAGCUUUGAAUGAGGGGGCCAUCAUCAUCAUCUUCGUCGUCCCCGGCUCCUCGGAUGUGGAAAAUACAGUUUAAAGUCUCUGUGCGCGCAUUGAUAAUGAACCAGCAGGCGUUUGUCACAGGCACACGAGUGACCCGUCAGUGUCCCUUCACCUCUCGGUGUGGUAUCUCUGGAUGUUCUUCACCUCGCUCCAGUUCUGAGCCUUUUCUCUGAGACUGUCCAUGAUUUAUGUCUGAAAACAGUUUAGACAAUAGGCAUUUAUAGGAACAAACACUCACAUAACCUUUGUUUUUCUUGUUGGACUUCAGUCAAAAACACCAGUGUUACCUCCCAACGCAACACUUAGAUCACACACACACACACACAACUACACAAAGACCACAAUGUCGUCCAUCCUUCCCUUCACUCCCCCGGUGGUGAAGCGCCUCCUGGGAUGGAAGAAGACCCCGACGGGUACUGGAGGAGCAGGAGGAGGUAUAGGAGGAGUGGGGGAGCAGAACGGAGGUGGUCAGGAGGAGAAGUGGUGUGAAAAGGCAGUGAAGAGCCUGGUGAAGAAGCUGAAGAAGACGGGGCAGCUGGAUGAGCUGGAGAAGGCCAUCAGUACACAGAACAGCAACACCAAGUGUGUCACUAUACCCAGCAAUUGCUCAGAUCUGUGGGGUCUAGGCUCAGGUCAUACGAUAGAGCAGUGGGACUCUGCAGGCAUGUAUGGAUACCCUGACCACAGCAGGUCACUGGACGGACGUCUUCAGGUUUCCCACCGUAAGGGUCUGCCACACGUCAUCUACUGCCGUCUGUGGAGAUGGCCUGACCUGCACAGCCACCACGAGCUAAGGGCUAUCGACGCCUGCCAGUACGCCUUCAACCUGAAGAAGGACGAAGUGUGCGUCAAUCCCUACCAUUACCAGCGAGUGGAGACACCUGUGUUACCGCCAGUGUUGGUGCCACGACAUACAGAGAUUCUGACCGAGCUUCCACCUCUGGAUGACUUUACCAACUCCAUCCCUGAAAACACCAACUUCCCUGCUGGAAUAGACCCACCAAACAACUAUAUACCAGAGACACCUCCACCUGGCUACAUCAGUGAGGAUGGAGAGACCAGCGAUCAACAGAUGAAUCAAAGUAUGGAAUCAGGCUCGCCGGCAGAAAUGUCUCCAAGUACUCUGUCACCAGUCAGUCACAGCCUGGAUCUUCAGCCCGUCACCUACAGUGAACCAGCUUUCUGGUGCUCCAUAGCCUACUACGAGCUGAACCAGAGGGUGGGUGAGACGUUCCACGCCUCGCAGCCGUCUCUGACCGUGGACGGUUUCACUGACCCCUCCAAUUCUGAACGCUUUUGCCUCGGGCUUCUCAGCAACGUUAACAGGAACGCAACUGUUGAAAUGACAAGGAGACAUAUAGGUCGCGGUGUGAGGUUGUACUACAUCGGAGGGGAGGUGUUUGCCGAGUGCCUCAGCGACAGUGCCAUUUUUGUCCAGAGUCCUAACUGCAACCAGCGAUACGGCUGGCAUCCUGCCACGGUCUGCAAGAUACCACCAGGGUGCAAUCUUAAGAUUUUCAACAACCAAGAGUUCGCUGCACUGCUGGCCCAGUCGGUCAAUCAGGGGUUCGAGGCAGUUUACCAGCUAACUAGGAUGUGCACCAUCAGGAUGAGCUUUGUCAAGGGCUGGGGAGCCGAGUACAGGCGUCAGACAGUAACCAGCACCCCCUGUUGGAUUGAGCUGCACCUCAACGGCCCCCUCCAGUGGUUGGAUAAGGUGCUGACCCAGAUGGGAUCUCCCUCAGUGCGUUGCUCCAGUAUGUCAUAAACGGAGUCUGUCAGAGCACAGAAGAAAAUCAGAGACGUUUUAUAACGUGUUGACAGUAUGUUGUGACAGACGACUGAUGUAUGGACAUCAUUUUUAAAACAACGAAAACAAACAAAAAAAAUACAAAAAAAAGGAAAGAAAAGACAAAAAACACAGUGGGACAGUGGACCUGAAGGAGAGCCUGACCUGAGAAAUGGAAACAGUGGGAUGUUACAGUGAUGUCACACUGAUUAUCUCUGACUCCGUCGGCACAACAUUCCAGUUUCAUGGACCUCAUGCCUAAAAAUCCCACUGCAGCAUCACAGCGAUCCGUGGCUUCAUCAUCCUGGUUCAUGGAGGCUCUGAGGGGAUUGAACACAUGACCCUCUGGGAACUGUCUAAUGACCAGCCCGCCUCUGCCUCAGCACAAACAUGGUGACCAUUGUUAUACCCACUCACUCGAAGGUUGACUGCUGUAAUACUGCCACUCCGGGCUCAGCUACAACCAAAGUCCACUUCAAGCCUGGACACCCACUCCUCAGUGACCAAACUCACUGUCCACUUUUUAUCUCCACUUUUCUUGCUUCUCUUCCAAAGCUGCUCCAUGGUAACCACCGACCUGACGGAGCAGCCUUCAGCUCUUGGAGUGGUGACCGGUGGAUGUCUGUAAUGAAGCUCUGACACAGCCUGUCAUCACAGGCUCACGUGUGCACACAGCUUCACCCACGCCCAGGCUCUCUCUUGAAGACAGCUGAGAUGUUUGCCCUCCUCUUGAUGAAUGUCGGUUGGGCUCUCCUACCCAGAGUGCAGUGGGUCAGACCUAAAAACAAGUGUGACGCUUUGUUUUAGUUCUAAUGUGUGAUCUGUUUCAAAGAACGCACAAAUAACUGGAAUCUGGAUCUUUCAGGAGUUCUCAGCAGAAGAGCGUUCAGUGUCGUUGUCUUGAAUAUAUUUGAAGGUGAAAACUCAAUAAUUCACCCAACUUGUUCCACACACUGCAGCUUUGAGCUGUUGCCAAUUUCACUACUUUCAUUUACAGGCAGGAAUCAAAUGCGAAACCCCACCUGAGGCUCAUUCUAGUGACAUCUGACGCCAUUUUUGUUUUAAGAGACAAAGACAUUAUUUCUUGAUGUUUUUUUUCACGCCUUCCUAUUUUAGGUGAUUACCAUAAAGAAGCCGGGAAGAGUUGUUAAGUUCAGGGUCGUUACUAACAACUCCUCUCCACCAAGGUCAUCCUGAUGUCAGAUGUCGUUUCUCUGGUUGACUCCACCGGAGAAACUCGUGCAGAAAAUGGGUUAAGGUUUGCGUUCGUUGUGACUCGGUGUGUUACGGUCACACAGAAGAUUUUGCGCCGCAUUUGUUGUCGUUGCCUCCCAUCUUUGAGCUCCACUUGUUUUUCAGUCCCAAAUUUUCUGCACUAACUUAGUUUCCCUCUUGCAUGCACCUGCUCUCUCUCGCUCUCUCUCUCGCUCUCUCUCUCUCUCUCGCUCCUUGUACAUUUUUCUCCAUUAUAGUUGUAUCAUGAUGUAAAUGAAGGGGAGUCCAGUAACAGCAUUAUCAGAAUCAGGACUUGGUAAACGCCAAGGAGUCAUAAGCUUCACUGUCGCCCCCUGCUGUUUAACAGACAAAAUCUUCUCUUAACGUUGCCCAGGUGUUUAUGAAACUUCCCUCUAAAUGAAAUGCUCAGACUGAUGCACCCUUUGUCCUUCAUUAACAUUCUGUUAAUGAAUAGGAGACGUCCAGCUAGUGUGCUGGACUUUAAAGAAAUGUCCCCGUACUUUACUUGCACUGCCCCCAAUCAUGAACCCCAUAAUAAAGAUGCCUUUUAUGUAAAAUACAGCCAGAUAUGCUUUGAAUUGUACAGAUAGGAAUGUCGCGACGCCCACUUAAAUUGAAAGAAAAUGAUCAGAUAGUUUUAGGAUAUUCGCUAUUAAAUGUUGUCUUACAGAUUGUCCAAAUUGGCUCAAUGAAAGUGUCCGGAGCAUUUAUUAGAUUUUCUUUUUUGAAUAUGAAUAUUGUCCUGAUUAAAAAGAAACCAGCCGAUACCUGUCUGGGUAUUUUAGAGUCCAAAUCUUUUCAACUCAAAAGUAUUUAAGCUUUAACUAUUUGUCAAGCUACUUUUACAACACACUUAUUUUCUUUACUCCUUUCUUUUAGCUACAUUUUUGUAUUUUCAUGUAUUUUUUUAUAUAUAUAUAAAUAUAUUUAAAAUCUUCAAAGCUUUCCUUCUUUUUAUUAGAACGCAAUAUUUUUUAGAAGGCGCCCUGUCUUUGAAGCGAUCAUAGCUCGGUGACGAAGAAUUGAAUGUGAAGUAUGUAGCAUAAGACACGGCAUGUGUCAGUCGACCUGGGUGACAUCCUCUGAGUGGCUGUUGUUUUAGAAUCUGUCACCUGGAAGAACCCCCCCCCAAUUACAUAUUUGUCAACACUUGCAACGUGAGCCAAAUUAUCAUAGUGCUGUCCCAAAGACUUGGUGUUGACAGUAUGUACUGCACCGUCAUGAUGUCCCACAACCCAGGUAUCACAAAUAAAAGAUAACCUUAAGUGUGAAGUAAAAUCCAAAACUAGUUGUUAGUAAAUCCUGGGGUUUGAUCUGAAGGUGACACAGUAUUAUCCUCCAGCCUGUUCCUAGAAGUGGCUCAGAUUGUUCAUUGUUUUAAAAGUCUGACUUUGACAAUUGUAUUUGUUGAAUUGUAUUUGUUGACUCUGUGAUGUGUAUUAAAAAUGGACCUAGGUUUCCCAUCGCA